AUGUCUGCAGAAGCUCUUCCUGUUGAGAUCCCCGGAGCUCAGGCCGAGCCACCGGAUUCGCGAGACGGCGAGCCCCCUACAAAGCAGCCGAGGCGCAGAGCUUGCAACGAGUGCAAGCAGCAAAAGCUUCGGUGUGAUUUGGUUGCCAAUGACGCUGUCUCUAGCAUAUGCUCUCGCUGCCAGAGGCUCCAACUUACAUGCAAGAUAGACAACGGCUUUCGUAGGACGCGGAAGAGAAGGAAAUCUUUCGAGCUGGAGAAUGAAGUCAGAGAGCUUAAACGCCGACUGGCCACCCGUGAAGCAAGCAGUAACGCAGCGAUCGAAUGGCCAAUCAUAGCUCCAGCUGCACCUUCAGAGACUCGGGCCAGCGAUGCUAUCCAAUCAUCAGCCUCCAACACGUCAGGCCCAUCGUUGGAUCCAAAAGAAAGCUCCCGUGUCCCUGGCUUGACGACUCAGCCGGUCAUUGACCAGCCUCAAGCGGCGCGAAGAUCAAUCAUUGCCAUUCCAGGGCCCAGGAAACUAGGCAAUGUUGAGCUCUCUGUCGAAGAGAUUGAUGAACUAUAUCUGAUCUAUAUACUCCACUACCAUCCAUAUCUACCGUUUCUGGAUCCAGGGACAACCAUUCACGAGUAUUACGAGUCAUCUGAGCUGCUUUUCUGGUCCAUCAUCUCUGUCGCUGCUCGACGGCUGCAGAGCCAUCCAACGCUUCUGCAGAAGCUGGCAAGAAGUGUUACAGACUACCUAUGGAAGACGCUUCGCUCAAUUCCUUACUCUCUUAGAGUAGUACAAAGCCUAAUACUUCUUUGUACUUGGCCAUUUCCGACUAGCAGUAGCACUGCCGACCCAACGUAUAUGCUAGCAGGCAUGAUGGUACAGCUUGGGACACAAAUGGGUCUUCAUCGCGCACUUAGUGCAGAGGAUUUCGUCAAGGUCCCUCUGCAUCUCAGCAUGUAUGAAUAUUCGGAAUGGAUCAAGACAUGGGAAUCUUGCAAUAUUGUCGCACAAAGCGUGAGUGUUGGAUGUGGCCUUCCUGCCACUAUACAGAUGCAAGAUUGGUCCCUCACGAUCGCGCCCGAGUCUACAACGUUAUCGCCUCAUGAUAUUGCUCUGAGAUGGCAUCUUCGCAUUGAGCAGUUCAGGCAUAGGGUGUCACAAGCGUUAACCUCCAAUGCUCUGGAUCCUGCUGGGUUUACGUCGGUUCGUGAGCGGCUUUCUCUCUAUCGGCUUCUGAAUGCGUCACUUGUUGAUUUGGAGCGCGAGGCUAUUAACAUGACUCCCAUAACUCGAUGUUAUCUCGCGGCCGCUCGACUCCACCUCCAUUCGUUUUAUCUCCUUGACGAAUCAAGCGUCGAUGGAUAUUCUGACCGCAUCGUGGUAUUAUAUCAAACGGCAUACUCGCUAAUAGAACAGUGUCUCGGGAUGGACAACGAAGAAAGUGGUUUCUUCCACUAUUGCCCUUUUUUUUGUUAUCAAGUUUUCGUUUCUGCAGCCUUCAUAAUUCUCAAAGUCAUGAUGAAUGGAUAUUUCGAAAAGCUACUCGACGUUGAAUCAGGUAAAAAGCUCCUCGACGCUGCUAUAUCAUCACUUCGAAAGAUGUCAGUUGCGAACAACGACCUUCCUGGCCGGCUCAGUGACGUGAUUGGGUUUUUCUGUACUUUAGCCAACCCUCGUGUUAUCAGCGGCGACUCGGUUGACGAUUUACGCCUGCGUGUUCGAAAUCGCCUUAGCAUGAGCAUCGUUUAUGACUCCCUCUGGGAAUGGCGAAAGCAUUUCCAAUCAGAUGGGAAUCGCGACGAAAACUCUGCAGAAGCACCAGAUAAGUGGACAGAUCCCUGCUGCGGCGUUCUCACUAACAUCGUAUCCACAGCUGCUGUUUAG